UAGAGGGGCGGGGCACAGAGUGACCAACGUUUCCCACACGGGUUUAGUUCGAGCAGUUGGGGUCAGUUUCCGUUCGGUGGUGGUAGUUGUAUGUAACAACUUUCAACUUUUCUUGUCGUCAUGUCCAACAACAAUGCCAGCAACAACUUAAUUGUCGCUCAGAGGGCCGUGAAGCAGCUCCGGUUAGAGGCCAGUAUCCGAAGAAUCAAGGUGUCCCAGGCUGCUGCUGAGCUGAGGAACUUCUGUCUGCAAAAUGCAUCCAAGGACCCUCUCUUGGUCGGGGUCCCCUCCAGUGAUAAUCCUUUCAGACCCCCCAAGUCCUGCUCCCUGUUCUGAGCAGCACCCUGAUUUUAUCUGUCGAAGGCUUUCUUCACUUCUACUUCAUGUUGUUGCAGAGCAACCAGCUCCUCUUUGGAUGAUGCAGCCUGGGGCUGAUUGAGGGAGGGGUCCACUUAUUUGCCAAAACUAAUAGUAUCAUAAGUCCCAUCUGUUACAUUAAAACAGGGCCAAAAAUGUUACUGACACUAACUUGACUAAUGAUUAAGCUGCUCUUGGUUUACUUUGGACUAAACAUGCCCAGUCUCAAUUUAUUGACAUGCCAGUGUCCAUCUGCAGGCGGUGAAAUUCAUCCCAUGUGACUGGCUUCUGCAAGUGCAACUUCCUCUUGUAUUUUGUAUGGCAGGUGGCGAAACAAACAAUUUAAACCAAAUAAGAAUAUGUGUUAUAUAUACACUGUAUUGCAUAUAAUGUGUCUCUACAAAACACUAGCUGGGUAUGUGGCUUACAGACAUGCUGAUUUAACUUUUGAGCUAAACUGAUUGGUGUCUUAAACUACCCGUGUAUUUGUGGCAGUGGUAAAGGUGUUAAUACUACUUUGAGGUACGACGGCAUGGUACAGAUUUGAACCCUUUCCGUGCAGAGCACGUGAUAGGUGAUUAACCCUCCAUCCCGUCUUUUUCUGUGUAUAUUUAACAGCAAGUUAAAGUUGCUUUUAUUAGUCUGUAUAUGUCUUUAAUAAAAAAAAAACAAGCACAUCAAGGCCUUACGCUAUUUGGAUAGUGAAACCUGUUAGCAAAUUGAAUGUGUCUCUUUGAAUACCCAAACAGAAAAUGUUCCUGUCUAUUCAGAACCUCCAAAUAUUGUUUGCAUUUAAUGAAUCACACUGAAGUGACUUAAUGUAUUAAUUGUUUUCCACACUGAAAUCAUGUUCCUAUCAACUAAAACAUUUACUACUGUUAGCCUGUAUCUUUGAUUACUCUGGGCAAUCUUACAAAUUAAAUGACUUUAUCAGACAAUGAAGAA